GGGUGCCUGCCUGGACGGACCCAAGAUGGCGUUUACUUUCGCGGCCUUUUGUUACAUGUUGGCGCUGCUUCUCACCGCCGCGCUCAUAUUUUUCGCCAUUUGGCAUAUUAUAGCAUUUGAUGAACUGAAGACUGACUACAAGAAUCCUAUAGACCAAUGUAAUACACUCAAUCCUCUGGUACUUCCUGAGUAUCUCAUCCAUGCCUUCUUCUGUGUCAUGUUCCUAUGUGCGACAGAGUGGCUUACACUGGGUGUCAAUAUGCCUUUGCUGGGCUACCAUAUCUGGAGGUACAUGACUAGACCUAUAAUGAGCGUUCCAGGUCUCUACGACCCUACUACCAUUAUGAAUGCAGAUAUACUAGCAUAUUGUCAGAAGGAAGGGUGGUGCAAACUAGCAUUUUACCUGUUGUCUUUUUUUUACUAUCUAUAUGGAAUGAUCUAUGUGUUGGUGAGUUCUUAAAAAACAUUUGUGAGAUCCAGUGAAAUUGUUUACUCCAUGCAAGAAACAGAAGGAUAAUGGUUUUUCAAGAACUUGGGGCCCAUCAACAGAACAUGUAGUUCACCAGAUAUGAAUGGCUUUGUAUGUAUAUAGAUUAAAUGUUUUUCCCUACGUUUCAUGGACAUUUUGCCCCCGGGGUUUUUUUUUUAGUUUUCUGCCUGUAGAAAAAAAUGAUUUCUGCAGUUUGCCUUGAUCCAAAACUCAAGAAUUAAGUUUGUACUUUAUGUAUGAAAUCACUAAUCUCAGAUUAUGUUUUAAAAUGUAACAUUGAAUCACACUCCUAUUUGCUAUUUACAGGUAUAUUAUGUAAACAAUUAUGUAACUUGGCUCAAAUAUCUUGUGUCCAAUUAAAAAUAAAAGACCAGAGAAAUCUGGAUAUAGUUUGAACCCCUAAAACUCAAUGGAUAUUAUUUACAAUUUUAGUAAAAUGAACAUUUUAUAGUUUCUUUGGAUUAUGCAAACAGAAUUUAUUUUAAGUUUGUUGAACGCACAGAAAAAUUAUGGAAAUAACCUAUGAUAGUCAGUCUUUACAGAGUACACAGAUUAAAGUUCUUUUUACACAAAUGGGUCCCUUUCCCAUGCAAAAUAACAUUUUAUUUAAAAAUGUUUUAGCUCUAGUAAUGGUGCCAAAGUACUCAAUGUUGAUUUGACUGACAUAUUUAUGUAGUUUUUAUGUACUCACUACAUAACGUAUUUGGUUAUUUUGAGCCUUGGUGUAGCAGUUGUUCUAAUUAUGAUUGAAGUUCAAAUAACAAACUCACUUUUCAUAGUAGCUUUUGUUAGUUUGUGCACUCAUCACUAGAUGUGGUGUUUAUCAGCUAUUUUUUUUUUCUGCACAAAAUCCUACGAAUAAAAAGUUUGGAAAUAAAUGAACAAAUGUUAAAAAUGUGUGCUGAAAAAUGCAACAUUUAAUGUUUAGGUGAACCAUGGGAAAUGUCAAUAAUGAAAUAGUAGUAUGGAACGACUUGAGUUGUGUUUAAAACUACUUUACAAAUAUUCCUGUUAGCAAAUUGAGGCUGAUGCUUUUUAAGAAUGGACACACAACAUUUUAUUGCAAAGGUACAAUUGUAAAUGAAAAAACUGAUUAAAGACUUUACCA